CCGGCGCGCCGGUGUGUUGUGUCUUCCGUUGGGUCGUCGCGGCGCUGCGGGUCGACGUACGCGGACACGCGAAUUUUUGCGUCCCGGUCUAGCUCGGUCGGCCGGCGCUCGGCGGAUUUUCCAAUGGGGGAAAAAAAAGGCCGGGAGCCGCGACAUGGCGAAGAUGCUGCAGCGACGGGAAAAGGCGUCUCGACGACGAGCGCCGCGGCGAACGUCGGCGGGUUUUCCUCGGCCGGUCGGGAAGGACGCGGGUCGUGUCGGUGCGGUCGGGGUGUUCGAUGCCGAUUCACGUGCGGCCGGCGUGGCCGUGGAUUUUCCUAUUUUUCGUGAAAAGCUAUAGUUUUUUUUGGAGGCGGUUCAUGAGCGGUAUGGUCGUCGGUGGAAUAGAGGACGAUGCUUCCAUGACACCCUUGAUGCGAAUACAAAAGUAUGCUCAAGCCAACACCAUAAUCGAAAGGCAACAGGUUGCCAAAGUGGUCCUACAAGAACUUCGAACAUGUCCAGAAAAAUUGGCGCCAGAUCUUCCAGAAAUAAUGAAAAUUCUAGGUCAAAUGAGCGAUGAACCGAUCUUGAGGAGCGAAUUGCUAGAGGAAAUACCGCACAUCGCCGCCGAAGCCAUCCAAUGUUCGAAUGGAGAUGGUGCUUUUAAGAAUGUCGUGAGCGAUUAUCUCAUUCCGCUGGUCGUUAGGAGCUUAGGGUGCACAGAUAAUACGCUAAUUGCUCAUUCGACUCUUAUUAAUUUAAUCAAACAAGGUUUUAUCACUAAACUACAAGCCGAAAUACAAGUAUGUCCCGCUAUUUUGGCGCUCACCAAGCUGGAAUCUACCACAGCCAAGGAUGUAAACAAGGCUGCUAUCAAUCUAAUGAGCAAAUUAGCUCCAUUACUUGGCCGGGAUGUAACAGAACGCGUGUUCCUCGGAAGGUUCAUAGAACUGUGUUCAAGUCCAACGUUUCAUAUACGGAAAAUAUGCGCCGCACAUUUUGGAUAUUUCGCCGCCGUCGUCAGCAAGGAAGUCGUCGAAAAAAUUUUGGUACCUGAAUACCUGACAUUAUGCACGGAUACUAGAGAUGUACGUAAAGCCUGCGCUGACGUGAUAACGUAUCUGUCGUGCACUUGCAGCAGGGCGUCGAAGGUGGAGAAAUUGGCGCCGGUGUUCGGGUCCCUUUUGCAGGACGAAUGCCAAUGGGUCAGGGCGUCCGCUUUUAGAUCAUUAGGGUUUUUCAUUUCGACCUUUGCCGAGCCGCCCAUUACCGAAUUAGAUUUCAGUUCGAACGACGAAUUGGUUUUGGUGUGCGCGAACGGCGUGGAAUACAUGAUAUCUUCAUUGUCGGUAACUUCAAUACCGUUAUUCGAUACCGGUAAAGACGACGGAAACUUUAUGAUGAAUUCGUUGAUAUUCGAGUUUAAAGAGAACGAUUCACUGCCUUGUUUGAGUCCAAGCGACAUAUUCAAAACGGAUAACGAUGUAGUAGAUGUAAAUUUUAAUGGAGAAAAUAAACUUGAACAAUUAGAUAAUGUAAAAAUCGAUAGUGCUAUAGAUAAACUAAUAGGAAAAAGUAAUGAAGAACCGAGCGUGAUAUUUCAUAACUCCAAAUGUGAUAAUACUAGUGAAAUCGUAAACAAUGAAUUAAAAGAUGGAAUGCAAAAUAUUAAAUUAAUUGUAGAUAACAAAGGAAAUAGUACAAAUAACGAAAUUAGUCAAUUGGUAUCGAAUAAUAGCGACGGAGACCAUCAAAAUACAAAAGACUCGAACGACAACGAGAAUAAGGUAAAUAACAUGAAUAAUAAUGCGUGUGAUACGUUAGAGGAUGACUUGCGUUUAUUUUACUCACACAAUUACUGGUACAUUAGUCCUGAUAUGCCUUUAGAUCCGAAUCUAGUUGCCGGCGAUGCUUAUUCAACAAAUCAUUCAAGAAAUUCUACCAUAGAAGAAAAAUCAGAAAACAAAUCAAAUAAUUCAACAACUAUAACAGUUAGCGAAAAUGACGUUACAUCAACAUCAGACGACAGCGUUAUUGUUAACAAUAUUUCUGUGAAUACAGAACCCGAUCAAACGAUAGUUCCUCAAAUACUGAUAGACAGCUUCGUUUCCAUGACAUACUCGAGCAACACUUUGAACAUCGAACACGAAAUGAUCUACCAUUGCGCCUACUACAUGCCCGCCGUCGUGAUGACUCUGGGCAGGGAGCAUUGGAAUCUGUUGGAGAAUACCGUGUUCGCUCUAGCCGGAGAUGUGCAAUAUAAAGUGAGAAGAAUAGUGGCGAGCAGCCUGCACGAAUUGGCCACCAUACUAGGUCCUGAGUUAGCUACCAACAGUUUAACGAUACUAUUCGAAGGAUUCCUCAAGGACCUCGACGAAGUGCGGAUAGGCGUUCUUAAAAAUUUAACGUCCUUUUUAGAAGUGAUCCAUCCGUGUAAAAGGAACACUUACUUGCCCAGAUUAAUAGGAUUCCUGCAAACAGAUAACGAGUGGAAUUGGAGAUUUAGAGAGGAACUGGCCGUUCAAUUAUUGGAAGCAAUAGAGCUGUUUAAACCUUCGGAUGUUGCCAAGCAUUUCGGCAUUAUCGCCUUACAGUUACUAUAUGAUAAAGUAGCUGCAGUACGAACGGUUGCUGUAAAUUUGGUGACGGAAAUAGUGACUUACAUCUCAUCGGAACCGAAUUUAACGUGUAGCCUGUUGAGGAAAUUAGUCGAAGGUUUGGCCCAUUCGAAAAAUUGGAAGCGCCGUCAGACGUUUUGUUUGUUAUGUACAGAAUUGUUGAAAGAAGAUGCCUUAGAUCCUGAACAAUUUACGUGCGAAGUUAUGCCGCAUCUGUUAGAUUUGAGUUGGGAUCCCGUAGCUAAUGUUAGAUUAGUCGUGGCCAGAUGCAUAUCUAAUCUAAUAUUCGGCGAAUAUUCAGAUUACUUUGCUAAUUCAUCCAAUGAAAAUUACAAUGGGCUGGAAAAUGUUCUAAGAAGACUGCAGGCUGAUAAAGAUAAUGAUGUUCGUCAGUCGGCGGAGAGGAAAUUUUGAUGAAAAGUUUGUAUAUGGGCCAAAAACACCGAAUGGGGUUUCUACUUAAUUUUAGAAAGACUUGAAAUUAUUUUGUUUAAUUAUCAAAAAAAUACAUUAGGUCUAAAAUCGUUUUAAGUAUCUACAAUUGAUGUACAUGCAAAUUUUUAACUUAUCUAUUAAGUGUAGAUUUUUACAGAAAAAAAAAUAAAUUUCCAAUUAAUUCCCAAAGUAAUCGUAUCUAGAAAUGAAAAAAUUGUAUGUAUGUGUGUUUGAUGAUUUUUCGAAAUUAUUGCCAGUUUUUUAUUCAUUUGCAAAAUGAAUGAUUUAUGUGAUUCCCCGUUAAAUACUUUUUUCCAAUUAUAAAUAUUUAUUCAGGUUAAUUUGUGUAUUUUGUUGUACUUUUUUAUCAUGAUUUUGUGUAUAUGUAAGCAUUUUGAAAAAUAUAAUUGUUUCAAUUAUGUAAAAUUAUUGUUCGGUUGCAGGAACAUCAAAAAUGAUUAUUAGGGUAACUAGUAAUAGUACAGAGAUAUGUUUCGAGUAAUUUUUAUUUUAAUAAUCCUCUGUAACUGUCAU